GGCCAUACUCUCUCAGUAUAGGUACUCUAUCGAAUCCCGUUGAGUUCCCGUCCCCCUUUUAUCCCUUGUUUUAUUGUUUUGAGUCGAGCGAAGUUAUCAGUCGUGAAAAUGGCGGCCGAGGGCUCGGAAUCUAAUGCGCGGAAUAGUGAAAGUGUUCGGGGUCAAAUAUUCGAAGUUGGACCAAGAUACACAAAUUUGGCUUACAUUGGAGAAGGUGCUUAUGGAAUGGUCGUAUCUGCAUUUGACAAUGUAACAAAAACCAAAGUUGCUAUCAAAAAAAUUUCACCUUUCGAACAUCAGACCUACUGCCAAAGAACGCUACGGGAAAUCAAAAUCCUCACAAGAUUCAGGCAUGAAAAUAUUAUCGACAUAAGAAAUAUACUGCGAUCGUCAACCAUAGAUCAAAUGAAAGAUGUUUACAUAGUUCAGUGCUUGAUGGAAACUGACCUAUUCAAACUUCUCAGAACUCAGAGGCUGAGUAAUGAUCACAUUUGCUACUUCCUGUACCAGAUUCUCAGAGGGUUGAAAUAUAUCCAUUCGGCAAAUGUUUUGCACAGGGAUCUCAAACCAAGUAAUUUACUCCUCAACACAACGUGUGACCUCAAGAUUUGCGAUUUUGGUUUAGCAAGAGUUGCUGAUCCAGAUCAUGAUCACACAGGAUUCCUAACAGAAUAUGUAGCAACAAGAUGGUAUAGGGCUCCUGAAAUUAUGCUCAAUUCAAAGGGUUAUACUAAAUCAAUAGAUAUCUGGUCAGUAGGAUGCAUUCUUGCUGAAAUGUUGUCAAACAGACCCUUAUUCCCAGGGAAACACUACUUAGAUCAACUAAAUCAUAUUCUAGGUAUUCUUGGAUCUCCAACCCAGGAAGAUCUGGAAAGUAUCAUCAAUGAUAAGGCACGCAAUUAUCUGCAGUCAUUACCAUUCAAACCAAAAGUUCCGUGGACAAGAUUAUUUCCUUCAGCCGAUGCCAAAGCAUUAGAUCUGCUCGACAAAAUGCUGACUUUUAAUCCUCACAACAGGAUAGUAGUUGAAGAUGCCCUUGCCCACCCUUACCUGGAACAGUAUUAUGACCCUGCUGAUGAGCCUGUCGCAGAGGAACCUUUUCGAUUUUCAAUGGAACUAGAUGAUUUGCCCAAAGAGACUUUGAAACAGUACAUCUUUGAAGAAACUGCCAUGUUUAGGCAAGAUGAGGCAGGCAUGUAGUGAAAUAAAGCUGUUUGGAGCAGUUGCAUAGUUGCAAAUCUCAAGCCAAAGCAGGAGUAAGCUUUUGCCAAAAGGAUAUUAAAUGUUUGCAUUUAGCUGUCAUUUUAUUUGUCCCAUAAUUAUCAUUAUUCUCUUUUUUAGGUGUCUCUCUUAAUCCUGUUCCUUUUGUUCUGUAACAGUCAGGCAAAUUAUCUUGUUUGUAAAUAUUGGUGGAAAACCCUGUGAACGGGAUGAAAUUCUGAGAAAAUAAAUCUCAAUGAUAAUUCUUUGUAUUUGCUCUUCUGAUUGGUUAAGAAUUCCCUUAGAAUUAAGAAUGGAGAAUUUUCAAAGCACCUACCUGCCUAAAGUAGUGAAGAAAUUUAUUUCAAACAACUAAAGUCCUUGCAUGUCGAAUCAAUCAAAUAAAUUACCUGCCGAAUAAUAAAAUUAAGAAUCCUGCAAGGUUAUUUUUGCUAUCAUUAAUAGCGUGAUUCACACUAUUUGGAAUUUAAUGUCUCUAUCUCACGAGAGAGCAGGCUCACCAAUUUUUCCAGGUGUGCAUGAAGUGUUUUGGAUGAACAUGCUUUAUUCAUUAAAGGAAAAUACGCAGCUAUCAUGUAUUUUGCUAUUUGUAGUAUGAUGUUGAUCAAUCAUCAAUUUUAGAAAAGGGGUUUGUAAAACUUCUGCUCCAAAUGUUAUCAUUAAGUAGAUUGUUUAUAAACACAUUUUUGUGGCCCACUAGAUAACAAUGAAAAAGGGAACGUUUUAAAAACUUGAAGCCUGUUUUUUUUUUCAAAAAAGGUACCUUUUGUUUUCAAACUUGUAAUUGCUAUCGUAUGUCAUUGAUCGUUUUGAUUUCUGCGCUCUCUUUAAUGGCAAAUCACACAGACUCAGCUGUGUCUUGUGUCAGCAGCAAUAACUGAAAUUUUUCUGUGUGAAGCUCUCUAUGUAUGCAUGUUUUUUCAGAACUAAUCAUGUAGAAAGCAUCAGUGGAAGUUGUUUCGAAUUUAAAUGACUCAAUUUUCUUAAUAAUGUGAGUUUCAACGUUCAGCUGCAAGUAUAAAAUUUGAAUCCUUUAGAUAUCAGAAUUCCAGGGUUGUUCCAGCUUAUCUUUAAUACUUACAUCGUUCUUCAUAGCCAAUCUUCAGGGCAAAUUUUUCCUCCAUCUUGUAAGUUUUUUUGAAAUUGAAAUAGUGAAUUGUCGUUCCUUUUUUUGGGCUCUUUUUUCACAACUAUUUGUAAAAAUAACUGCAAGAGUGGAGCAUUCUCCCCCCCCCCCCCCCAAUCUCUCAAAUUAGUAAUAGAUAAUGAACCAAUAGAUAGGGUAAGCCAUGAAGCACUCUAUCAUAUCGUUCUAGUUUAAAACUUAGGACAAACGAUAAAUACACAAAUAAUUCCGAAAUUCAACUUAUAAUUUGGGUAAGCUAACAAGCGUUUUCUGCGCUCAUCGGUUUAAAUUAUCUGCAUGCAAAAAAUCAAAGUUUACAAGUAUCAAACAGACCAUUGAAUUAUUUUCAGUCCUCUGCAAGAAUAACUAAUUUUUGCCUUGUGCUCAAUAUCCCCUGAGAAUUUUACAUAUGCCAUGGAUUUGCAGGAAACAAUUUUUUGUGAAAUUCAACAUCAAUUAUAUGAUAAUUUUCAGAGGCUAAUGUGCCACACUUUGAUUUUGCUUUUUCAUUAGCAGAUAAUUUGAAUUUAAUAACUUCGAUGCUGCAUAUGAAAAUUAAUCCAUAAUUUUAUCCUCAACUUUUCAAACUUGUCGAACAGCUACUGCUUGAAAUUUUGAUGAGGAAUAUAUCAAGCAGUGCUUUAAUAUUUACCCUAUCUAGUGACUCAUUAUUUCCAUCGUAUUUAUGUAAGAACUUUUCAAAGGACUUUAUCCUGUCUCUGACUUGUAAUGUCAUUUAGGCUCUACAUACAGAUCUGACUGAUCAUUCUUUAGGUAGGUUAGCGCCCAUUAUUCAAUUAAGUUUUUCUACAUCCGAAUAAAUUAGGAUCGAUUGUAAAUUCAAUGAAUAUGUUUUAUUGUUGUUGAUGUUGAUUUUACUGUUCUUUAAUUUUCAGCAUAUGAGUGCUGUAUUUAUUUUAUGUGUAAAGCAAGCUUCUCUCUCUAAGCAUGACUUUAUGAUUCUGAUUUGUUCACAUCGCAUCUUUUAAACCCAAUAGUUAGGUGCAUUUCCUUUCAGAUGUUACAUUUAAAGGCUAAGAGAAGAAUUUUUGGGUACGCAUGAGGGUGCAUUUUCGUAUCAACCUCUUCAUUUAGCCAUCAAACAUUAUCUUAAUUUGCACACUGUCAAAUAUUCUGUGCUUUCUACCUGACCACUUGUCAGGUUAGUUGGCAGUUGUUUAUUUUUUGUCUGCGAGUGGCUGGGCGGCCAUUGUCUAAUAGCAAUCAAGGAUGGUACUUCUGCCAUGCUUAGACACAUGAAAUAAUUCUCAGCUCAUUACAAUCAAAAGUAAAUAACUGCCAACUUGACUUAAGUGAUUCCUAUACAUUCAUAGGAAAACAUGCUGAAAUGGCAGUUAUCAACUCAAACUUUCUGAUUUAAAGUUAGGUUCCUUAUUCAGUGUGUUCUUCAAUACCAAACAUCAUAAAACUUAUGAAAGGGCUGUUGCAAGAUUCAGGAAUCACCUCGGAAAUAGGUAUUUCCAAAGCAAAUUUUAUCAGGGGAUCAAAAAAUCGGUAGUUGAGCGCUACGUUUUUUAUGAACCGCCCCUAUCCAGUUUUUAUUAAAAUUCUAAAGCAAUUUUUCUGUUAAGUUUGAAGCAUCAUUCCUGCAUCUUUCAAACUAAUUUCAAUCAUACUACUAAGGCUCAUCUUUUUGUCUUCUCCUGUACUCUGAUUGGGUCCUAUAUAAUUAACUGUUCUCAAUUUUAAAUGAAGUGAAGCGUUUAAUAGAUUUUAGUGUUUAAUUUUAUCAAUUACCUUUAAGCCACUAAAUGCAUAGUAUUAUGUCAUCAUAGAAAUUUUUCCAAGAAAUAGAGACUAAAAAUUACAUGAAAGGCCUAAAAGCAUGCAAAUGCAUAUAUUCGCUUUUAUGCAUAUUGUUUUGCAACCUAGUGCUUUACCAAAAAAAUAUAUGUAGUGUGAAUUUUACAAAGAGAAAAAGUCUAUUUUAAAAGAGAGAUUUUUAAAGUUGAGUGUUGAGUAAGAGGAAAUAAAAUUAAUUAGCUCGUCAAUGCUCAAAUAUUCAUAGAAAUUGAGAUUUUUAUUUAGACUAGGAAUAAAGUAGAGAAAAGAUCAUUUUUUUUAAUUCUCAAAAAAUUACUUAUGGACUGGACAUAAGAUACAUCGAACCACUAUGGAUUUCUCGUAGAACAAUGUUUUGCAUACUUUCUACGGAGACACAUCAUUUUAAAGUCGAUUAGCACUGUUCUAUCUUUUUCACUUUCUCGUUUGUGAAUCGUUCUUUAAUAUUUGACUUUCAAUGUUUUGAAUUUGUCUCAUUAAUUUGGAAGACUGUCGCCAUUGAUUUAUUCAAUUAAAACCGGACAAAAUGUAUUCAAUUUUGUUAGCUCUUGCUUGUAUGUAUUUCAAACAAGUGGUUUGUCUUGAA